AUGAAAAAGUGCGAAAUAAUUUAAAAAUAUUAGUUGGGUCCCUCGAAGGGAAACAAUUUUUAAUGAAAGUUCACAGAAAUUAUCAAUUACAUUGUUUCUGUUCCGAAACUUCAGGGUUUUUCUUUUUCUGCGCAAGCAAAAAUAUUUUCUAAACCCAACUAUCUAUUUUCAACUCAUGAAAAUUCAGACUGAGCUAAAGAUUUUUAAGGUUUGGAGUGGUUGUAGAACGUUUUCUGCCAUUCUGGCUUUCUGUUUUGAGAAUAGCCGUCACUUCAGGCAACAGCGUAUACUUGGCGUUUCCCUCUUUCUUCAUUUGUAUUUUUCACUCUCUUCUCCAUUUUUAAUUACUAAAACCCAACUAGUAGUGAUGUAAUUUCACACAGCUGAUCAACUUGGUAAUUUUAUUCUUGUUUGAAGUUAAAACAGGUUACUUCGCCUAGGUCUUUUUUUGCAUUUGACCGCGAAUAGGCUCUUUUUUGAAUUUCAUUGUCGUCAGUUUUAAUGACGAGGCAACUUACCGAAUAUAAUUACAACAUCACAUUGUAGUCAUUUUUAUUUCUAAUUAUGAGUUUUCGUCAAUUUAUUUGAACUUGGAACUAGUUCAACUUGUGAAUUGUUGUCAAUUUAAUGCUUUGGAAUUGAUUUAAAUGUCAGAUGUUACUUAAUUCAAUUGUUUGUUUCUUAAUUCAAAAACAGCCAUUUGAAGUCUUGCUGCCAUUUUACUAUGCCGAUAGAACUGUAAAGCAAAGCUGAAAUAAAAAUAAUUAUGAACAUUUCAAUUUAGUUUCUUAGAAAUUUUUUUGGAACGAUCGCUUAUCGCUAGUCUGAGUUAUUAAAUAAACCAGGAACCCUUGUUAUCUUUUCGGAUAGUAGCCUUCAGUGAAAUUUGUUUGAACUGCUUAUCAGAUUAAUUGUAUUAGGUUGCCAUGAAGCUGGACACAUCGAGCCCAGGGAUGGACAUGGAUGACAAUGAUGAGGAGUAUGACUACCUGUUCAAAGUUGUCCUCAUAGGAGACACAGGCGUGGGAAAGACGUGUGUGGUGCAGCAGUUCAAGAGCAACACCUUCAUUGAGAGAUAUGCGUCCACGAUAGGAGUGGACUUCACCAUGAAGACUGUGGCCAUAGACGACAAAAAAGUCAAGCUGCAGAUCUGGGACACAGCUGGGCAGGAGCGGUUUCGAACCAUCACCCAGAGCUACUACCGGUGUGCCAAUUGUGUCAUAGUGGUGUAUGACGUCACCAGAAGAGACACCUUUCUAUCUCUGCAACAGUGGCUGGAAGAUGUGGACAGGUACUCGGGCGACAAUGUACUCCGAGUACUCAUAGGCAACAAGUGCGACAGUGGAGAGCAGCAGAAAGAAGUGUCCUCGACUGAGGCUGAAGACUACCACAGGGCAUUCCAAUUCAGCCAAUUCCUCGAAACAAGUGCAAAAGAUGGCACCAAUAUACACCAACUAUUCAUGGGUAUAGCGAAACAACUGAAGGAAACAGUGCAACUGAAUGCACAGAAUGGAACUGCAGGAGACGCCACUGACGGGGGGAGGAUUGGUGGCAGCAACAAGAUAGACCCCUCAAGACCAGUCAACACUUCGGGCUCCUCCUCAUUCUGUUCAGCCUGCUCAUGAUACCAUACAUUCAGUUUGCUGUCCUCCAAUUAAGACGACAGCUGUUAAGGCGACAACCGCUUUUAGUGGGACUUAAAGACGACGCUACACGCAAAUUCUCCAAUUAUAUUUCUGAUAAAUAUAAUUCGCUCAAGUUCGAACAGUUCAAUUUACUUGUCGCAACUCUCAAUUGUCGUCUUAAUGUCAUGUCGUCUUAAUGUCUUUUCGUCUUAUUUACCUUGCACCAUUUAGUUUAUUAGAAGGGUCUCGUCAGUUGUAA